UCGGCACCGGGCAGGUUUACAAGAGAGGUGAUGGUGGGCAGCUCGGUCGGGCACAAGCCCAAGAAGAGAUGUAGCGUUCUUUGCACUGUAUACUGCGUGGAGAGUGACUUGUCUGGGGAGAUCCCCCCUCUUUUCACACAACAGGAGUCCCGCAGAUUGUCUGAUACCCCUUCCCGGAGCUCUCUACACCGGCCCAAUGCUGAACUAGCCCUCAGUCCUGCCAGCCUGGAGCUGUCCCCCUUCCUGAUCAGCAGCCUGGGAGAUGCCAACCACAAGGUGGUGAUGAGCUGCCGGGUGUGCUUAGAGGACAAGUCCAUCAAACCUCUUCCCUGCUGCAAGAAAGGGGUUUGUGAAGAGUGUCUCAAGAGGUAUUUGAGCUCUCAGGUGCAACUUGGACAAGUGGAGAUUAAAUGCCCCAUAACCGAGUGCAAUAAACAUCUGGAUGAAUCCACUAUCUUAUACAGCCUGCCACAUGAUGAUAUCAUCAAGUACAAGUACUUCCUGGAACUUAGCCGCAUUGACUCCAGCACCAAGCCCUGCCCGCAGUGCAAGCACUUUACGGCCUUUAAAAGGAAGAGUCACAUUCCAACUCCGACCAAUUCUGAGAGCAGGUUCAAAGUUCAGUGCUCAUCUUGCCAAUUUGUAUGGUGUUUUAAGUGCCAUUCUCCCUGGCAUGAAGGCGUUAAUUGUAGAGAGUACAAGAAAGGGGACAAGCUAUUACGUCACUGGGCCAAUGAGAUUGAACAUGGGCAAAGAAAUGCCCAGAAAUGUCCUCGGUGUAAGGUCCACAUUCAGAGAACAGAAGGCUGUGAUCAUAUGACCUGUUCCCAGUGUAACACUAAUUUCUGCUACCGCUGUGGGGAGAGAUAUCGUCAGUUGCGCUUCUUUGGUGAUCACACGUCAAACCUCAGUGUAUUUGGAUGCAAAUACCGCUACCUCCCCGAGAGACCGCACCUAAGGAGAUUAGUGCGAGGCUCUGUUUGUGCCGGCAAGUUACUCAUUGCACCCCUGCUCCUCGUUCUAGGUUUGGCUUUGGGAGCCAUUGCAGUUGUAAUAGGGUUAUUUGGAUUGCCCAUCUACUGCCUUUGUAAAAAGAAACGGAAAAGGACACGGACGGGUAUGCCGUGGUAAGGAUAGGGGACCGCCUAAAGCUUGAAACAGUCCUGCGGGGGGUAAUACUGUGUACUGGAGAGCUAUAUCAUCAAUAAGACACGGAAUCGUAGAAGAUGGACUGUAGAGCACAGUACCAUUUGAUGCUUUGCUUUCCGUACCACCCCAAAGGCAGACCAUAAAGCCACCUCUUCAUGGUGCACUCCCAGCUGGAUAUGCCCAGAAUUGCUGCUUCUUUUUUAUUUGUAAUAUUUGUAUGUUUAUUUUGGAACAUUAUUUGAAUUGCUAUUCCCUUCCUAAAAGUGUAGGCUAAAGACUAGAUUCCCAUUGGUUAGACAAUCAAAUGAGUACUCUAAUUGGAACAUGAAGACUUGACAAACCAGUCUCUCCUGCUAAAACCUUUGUCAAAGAACCGACCUAUGUAAGGAAAACU